CGAUGCACGCGCCUCCGCCGCCGCGUUGAUAGGCUGCCGCCGUCUUGUGCGCCGGCACCGCUACCUGCUGAUCCCGCUCCAUUGUCACGCACCUCUGCCGCUCUCCUGCCGCAGCCCGCGUCGCGCCGUCCCCCGGCCUGCUCCUGCAAUCCGGCCUCGCACCUGCCCCGGCGGCCCUGUCCCGGCGGCAGCCGCCGCGCUACAGGCUUGUCACCCCCGAUUCAGAUUAUUCUCGUCAGAACCAUGCUGCUGGAGAUUUUUGGAUCUGGAAUGAGACUAACACGGAAUAAUGACUGGGUUCUAAGAUUGCUCUUUGUUGACCGAUCUGCUUAUGCAUCCUUUGUCCUGGCAAGCAACAUUGCAGUAAAAGGAGUGAAUAACUGGGGCAGGCCAAAUUGGCUCCGCGUCCUCCCUUGUGCCAGUAAUUAUUUCUGCACCUCCAUCUAUGCCACCAAAGGCAAACAAUUUGCCAUCACCAAGGGGAUGAACAGAUCAGAGAUGAAGGGGCGAACGAAGCAAUUCCUUGUUGGGCAUGCCUCUUAUCCUGUAUUUGAAGCCAACAUCCUUAAGAAAACCACCCAUCGGGAUGGUUCUAUAUACAAGAUAAACUAUGGUUUUCUAAAGCUAUGGCGUCUUACUCAACGUGAUGAGAGUAAGUUAUCUUGAUCUCUUCUAUACCGUGUUUCAUUUUAUUUUUAGG